AUGUUGUUCGUUCCCGCUGUCUUUCGGAAGUUAAAUCCAUUAACCGUUGAGUCAAAAUGGAAAGUUUUAUCGGUAACGCUCAAAAACUUCAGCUCCAGUAGUGGCUUUUCACCGGAAGAAAUCGAACGAUUCCGGAAAGUAUUCCGCACAAUGCCAUCCUACGAAGAGUCUAUAACUUCCCAGGACCUACCACAAUUUUAUCGCUCAAUUAACUACAUCAAAUCCAUGGAGACUUACCUAAAGCAUGCCGAAUACACCGACAAGAUAUUCGGCGGCCGAAUCACGACCACCCAGCUUAUGACAUAUCUUGCCAAUGAACACGAUUCACGUCUACUGAUGCACGAAUAUUUGAAGACGUUCGAUCGGAACAAUGACGGAUACAUUUCGAAAGACGAAUUUGAGAUGGGCAUUGGAGAUAUUAAAGUUCACGAUCCGAGAUUUAAGCAUGUUUCUUACGAAGAUUUUCUUAAACAGGCGGAUACCAACAAGGACGGUAGAGUCAGUGUGUCCGAGUGUAGAGAUUGGGUCAAUAAGAAUCUUGUGCUACCAUGA